AUGGCUCGUGCAAGUCUUGCGAGAAGAUGUAAGUUUCAAGUACAGCAACGCGAUCUUUAUUUCAUUUCUGGUCAUGUCAUUGUACAGUCAGCCGAUAAAUUAGUCGGUGACCACUGUUUUUUCCUUCGGAACGGCCGAUUUAUAACAGUGGCAGACCUGAUCCGGUGGCCAAAAAAUGUACCAUUUUGCAUCCAGGAAGCAUCAAAAAAAUGUGGCAAAAUACCUCCCUCUCCGAGUGAAAAAAAUCAAUUUCAAAAGCCCGCUCUUUUUGUGAGGAAAAAAUUUUUUCACAUGGAAAUGGAAGCAUUUUGCCACAUUUUGACACUAGGCCGUUCGCAAAGUCGCUGGAAUGUUUUCGGCGACAUGCACUCCACGAAAACAAAACUUCACUUUGCACUGUGCAAUUUUUGGCUUUUUACACAAUGCAAUAGGCUUUUUGGGGCUGUCGCUCGCACCCUGACUUUUUUCGCAAAGUGCACGUCCCCGAAAUCAUUCCAGCGACUUCACGAACGGACUGAUACUUCCUGGAUUCAAAAUUGUACGUUUUUUGCCACUGGAAUAGGUCCCCCACUGUAAUUCUGCAAUUUUAGCACCCCAUUCUACCGUCGAACGAAAUGAUAGCGAGCAGCGCCGUUUCCAACACAAGAAACUCUCCCAGAAAUCCGUCAACUAUCGCAACUACAUCCACCGUAUCAUCAAGAACACCGAGGCGGCCACGAAUCAACGUUUCGCCAUCUCUUCUCGUGGAAUGGAGACCUUAAAUGACCUAUCGAUGGACCUGGUUAUUCGAAUGAUCCGAUCGGCUAGUUGUUUGGCUCGCGAUCAGAGCAUCCAAACCCUGAAAGAAACCGAAAUCAAAGCCGCGUGUGGAUUGAUCUUCAAGCACGAACUAGUUCAACACUCCGUUAACAAUAUCAACAGAGCCAUUCGCCUCUACAAGACCAACGUUUAA